UCUCAUACUACCACGUACACACCUCCUCUUAAUUUAUUCAAAAGUCAUGUGCUUACAGAACCUGUUUAUAAAAGCAAGUGACAGCAGCAUCUUCAAUGCCACAGUUUUCUUCAUAUCGCGAACAUAAUAAUCAGUGUGCAAUCUGAGGUCAUUAAGAUGAAUACAGACAUGCGUUCAACAAUUACAUUGCUGAUAUUGGUAGUGAUUGUUAGCGUGGGGGUUUGUGCAGAAAAUGACUGUGGGCGACUUAAGUCAAAUAGUGCUGUGUUCCCGUGGAAUGUAGGGAUUUAUUUAGGGAGUGAAAAUGAGGCUGAAUUAGUAUGUUUAGGAUCGAUUAUUCAAUCGGACGCUGUUUUAACAGCCGCACAUUGUUUCUGUGAUAAUAUUGACACACAUCUCCGAAAUGGAACGUUUUACAUCAUGAGUGAUAAUAGUCUACCAAAGAAAAUUAAUCCAAGAUCGUCACCUUCAAAUCUUCACAAGGUUAAUAAAAACUCAAUUCAUAUACAUAAACAUUACAAGGGAAUCAUAAACUUCCUAGAGAACGACCUAGCAAUAGUAAAAGGCCGAUUUAACUUCAAUAACAAAGUCAAACCAAUUUGCAUCGACUGGUCCACCGAAAUCGUUGACACUAAUUCUUACGGAAAACAAUCAGUAUGGCAUCAGAAUCAAGUAACAAAUGUUGAACAAACUUACGUGUCACCCGACGACUGCUACAGCACCUCGAAACCCUUUAUUCCGUUCAUCACUGAAGACAAAUCUUGCACAAACCUUAAAACUUCAGGCAUCCCUCUAUCCCAUGAAAGCGAAGGUGCAGCUUUAGUUUUCUCCCACUCCGAUAGAUGGUACAUCAAAGGUGUCAUCAGUAUGCAUGACGUCACGAAAAAACAAAUGUCAACUUACACGCCUGUCACACAAUACAUAAACUGGAUAUCUAACAUUUGCGCAACACAAUAAAAGUUUAACUAUUUACAGAA